GCGUGGCGUGGCGUAGUGCGACACUGUGCGACGGCGGCCGCGGGGACCGCCGCCAUCUCGUUCCGGAUUGGCAGCCAAUAGAGACGUCUUUGCGAUGUCCAGAGUGAGGUCCCCUGUAUACCACCGGGUAAUGCCUGCACUGUCUCUUAGCAUAGUACUACCUCAGGUGUCCCAAACAGAUCGUUGGAAAUAGAGCAGUGGUACAGUGCCGCCAGCUAUUCGGAAGAUGUGAUCAGGAUCGGCUCCUACUGUGAUGUUGCCAAAGCGCCAGUGUGCAACAGCUGGGACGAGCGGAGCGGCCGGCUGGAGCAGGCCUCGGCCCGCGUGGUGCCUGUGAUGCGCCGGCGUGCGGCCUCCCCUGGCAGCGGCUCCCACAUGGACGCAGCGCUGGCCAACGGCAGCGACGCCGACGCAGACGUCGACCUCCUGCCGGGCGGGCUCUUCAACCUCAACCUCUCUUCGGCGGCGCCGCCCGCGGGCAACGCCAGCAGCGAGGUGCCCGUCAUCCCCGCCUACAUCCGCACCGCCUCCACCGUCGUCUGCGUCAUCAUCAUGAGCAUCGGCGUGGCGGGCAACGCCAUGGUGCCGGCCGUGAUCCUGCGCAGCCGCGACAUGCGCAACUCCACCAACAUCUUCCUGGUCAACCUCAGCGUCGCCGACCUGCUCGUGCUCCUCGUCUGCACGCCCACCGUCCUCGUCGAGGUCCACUCGCGCCCAGAGGUCUGGGUCCUGGGAGAGACUAUGUGUGAGUAA